GAACGUUUCUUGGUGGAUUACCUACUGGUAAUAAACCCGGAAUGUAUGAUGUAUUAUUGAUGUGUACAUUUUGCAUCAGUCCAUUUGGUGCCAUAGCAAGAUUGGGCAUAUGUGUUGCUUGUCUUGUCAUUACCCUCGAUCCAUUUGGGAAGUUUCCAUAUACGUGGGGAACGCGAAAUGCCCCAG